GGUUAGAAAACAGUUCGGAGGUCUUCAUACACGUAAUGUUCUUGUUGUGAUUGUGAGUGUUUGUUCGUUAGCUGACCAGUCAACCAGUAAAGAUUAUAACAAUAAUUGCCAUUGAGAUAAUGGUUCGAGACAAUCGUAGAUCAAAUCAAGAUAAUACAUCACUAGCAACAGCAGCGAAGCUUGCAAAACUAGAAGCCAUGCCGAACCUCACAAUGUGGCAAGCGUUAGUAGAAGUAGCUAGUCUGUGCUACGAGGAACUGAUUGCGCAAGAAACUAAGCCAAAGCCUCAAAAACUGGCCAACAAAACGUUAGAUUCAGAUGCCGAUUCAACUUUCGAUCAAAGCACGAUUAUUGAAGCGAACAGCACCACCUAUGAGGAGGAUAAGGAAAACUGUGCGCUAGUAAUUGAUGAAAGUGCAACGAGACCCUCGGUGAUUAUCAGAGAAAUCAAGAAAGAAUCAGCAGUAGCUGGACCCUCAGGUAUCCUUCGAGAAUCCAAACAAAUGCCAGUCGCCGGACCUUCGAAGGUGAAUAAAGAAGCGAAUAAUAGCUUUACUGCUAAAAAUUUGCCUCCGAUGCCGAUGACUUCUUCAGGUACAAGGACAGGAGCCAAGCCGAAAACCUCGAAGAGUGCUCGAACGGCGGCCAAACAGCAGCCAAAACUGAAUCAAACGAUACCCGGGGAUGGAUCGCCAGUCUACAACAGAAACAUGGCUCGAGUGUUCCCCGGCUCCGAAAACCGCACCCCCGAACAGCAGGCAGUCCGUGAGAAGAACACUCUAGCUGCGCGUCAAAGCCGAGCCAAGAUGCGCGAAAUGGACCGGCAACUGCAGGAAGAAUCGAGCGAAGAAGAGAUGGUUAACCGAUUCCUGAAAGACCGCCUGGCCGUUUGUUUCGUGUACGCCAAUCAAAUGCGCAAGAAGCUCAACAUGGGUCAGGUAGACUUUCUGGACAAGUUCGAGGCGUCAAAGCAGGACUACGAAGUUAAGCCGGUUCAGCUGUCGGACAUCAGCUGGCCGCUGAAGGACAUCAAGUACGAACUGCACGAACAGGCCAAGGUGCAACAGCAGGAGAUGAUGCAGUGGCAUUUGCAACGGGUUUUGACUGCGGCCGAGGAUAACAUUACUCCGGGUGGCAGUCCAGCGACUAUGGAUGGGGAAAGCGCUUCGGAGGGUAAUGUGCAGACUUCACCCAGUAGCGUUGAAACGGAAAGCGCACCAGAAGCGGAGGCAGAAGUUGAGAUUGAAAGUGAAGAUUAUUACGAGCAGUGAGAGAAUGAUGUUUUUGUUUAAAGUGUAAAUAUUUUUAAAUUGGUGUAAUUAUUUGUAUUUUAUGUUGCUUACAUGUAAAAAUUUGAUAAUCCAACAUUCUUGUAAUUAAUUAGUCUAUUAUGGCUUGUAAAAUAUAUGUUCUAGAUGACAUUAAAAUGCUCAACAA